CAAAAGUUUGACAAAUUUCCUCAGAAAAUCGAAAAAAUAUUUUCGGAACUGAGAUGUCUUCGACGAACGCUAGUGAGAAACCUUGCAGCAGCUCUGGCAUGCGGAAAGUAAAGGCAAAAGGUGCAGCCUACCCUACUUCUAGCUCUCAGGCACUGGAAGCAAUGGACAAACGCUUGGAUCUUCUCCUGGCUCGGGUCGCUAACCUGGAGAAUUCGUUAAACGAAUUGACCACAUCUUUUUGUAACAAGGAUACGGAAGAGGACGCGGACCUGAAGGAUGAGGAAGUAUCUGAUGACGAUACCCUAGUUGAUUUGGCUAAAAUAACGUCCGAGAUUGAAGAUUUAGCUCUCGACAGUAGAUAAACAAAAAAAUGGUAACUUCACAUUGCAAGUUACAAAAACACUUGUAUCACACUUUUAAUCGGACAAAAACACUAUUGGGUCAAACUAGCGACAUUCUCAUCUUAACAUUACUAUUAUUCAGACCAAAACAGUAGAUUUUAUUGUGAAGUA